CCCAAUUCCAAAAGUCUCUACAUAUUACAGACUUAUAGUAAACGCGUCAAUUUUCUAACACAAACCAACCCACCACAAAAACACAUAUGGCCGGCUCCUCGCCGGAAAAUCCAUCUUCCGGCAACUGCUUCUCCGGCUUACUUACUCUUAUUCUAUGCAGUAAGAGUCUUCCAACUCAUCCCUCCGAUCAACUUCCCGGCGCUUACUCCCACUCCCUCCCCGCUGAUCACCAAUCCUCUGUAAAAUCCCAUCACCGUCCUGACUCCAAAGCCGCCCCAGGAACCACCGCCACUACCACUCCGGGGGUAGUGGCGAGGUUAAUGGGCCUGGAAUCCAUGCCGGACUCCUCUUCCCCGGGAAGCCGGAGUUUCGGGUCGUAUCUCCGGAGCAGAUCAGUUAAUUUCCUCGAUUACUUCCCUCAGAUUGAUGUAACAGGGGAAGCCCAGCACAGGCGAGUCAGAACAUCUCCGUCGUUUCGCGAGGCGGAUUUCGUGGUUCUGUGUAUCGAAUCCCGGGAUGCGGCGGUGCCCGGAGAAGAGGUGGCGCCUCUGGUGCCUUGCACCGCCGCCCGGAGCUUUCAUGAUGUAAAGACCAAUUAUAAGGCGGAGAAAGCAGAGCAGAAGGUCAAUGUUGUGAAGAAUAAGUCAGCUGAGAAGAAAAUAAUAGCGCCGCAGGCCAGGAAGAGGAAUGGUAGUAAUGUUAAUGUUAACAGAAAAGGGAAUUUUGCGCUGAAUAAGAAGAAAAGGGCCGUUAAGAAAUCUGCAGGAGAAUCCAUUAGAGUUUCUGCAGAGUCGAAGCCUAAUGGGAACGCGAAGAACAUAAAAGGCGGCUCAUCAAUUCUGGAUAAUCAUUGUCAAAGUUCUCUGACCAAGUCAGAUAAAUCUGGGAAAUUGCAAAAGCGCUCAAAGAAGGAACUUCACAAGCCCAGCUAUGCAGUUCAUCACCAUAUGAGAAGAAAGGCCGAUAAGGCUUUCAUCACCGACAAGGCGUCGAAAGCAACCGAAGGAAACGUUUCCGGACCGAGGAAGAAAGAUGUUUGCGGCGGUUCGAGCGAGAAUGGAGUAGAAGAGAUCUAUAGAUUGGCAGCAGAUUUUGCGGCAGAGUUUUGGUGGAUAUGUGGUGGCAUAUUCAAGUUUAAGGAUUUGGAGGAGUUUUGCAUGCAUUUUAGCAAGCAAAUUCUAGAUGUUCUUUUAGAUGAUGUUGUAUUUGAACUUAAGUACUUAACUAUUGUAAAAUCAAGAAAAUAACUUUGUAACUAGGGCUAAGCAUAACCCGAUCCGGCAUUCCGGCCGAUCCAAUUUGUAAGAUUUCCGGAUAUGAACCGAUCAGGGUGAGACAUUUGGAAAUAUUUUGGGAUGGGAUAUUUGAAUUUUUAAGGCUCAUUUGCUACAAAA